AUCUGUAGGUUAUAUUUUCGACCUUUAUUAAAAUCAAUAUGGCGACUACGGAAAACGAGGCGCCAAAUCUUUCCUAUUCAAAUUCUGCGUCCAAUCGCAAGGAAUCUCAGGUGAAAGUGGUACUGGGUGCUCAAUGGGGUGACGAAGGAAAAGGAAAAAUUGUCGAUUUGUUGUCAGAGGAAGUCGACGUGGUGUGUAGGUGCCAAGGUGGUAAUAACGCUGGCCAUACUGUAGUGGUUGGCGAAAAGGAAUACGAUUUUCAUCUUCUACCGAGCGGAGUUGGUCAUGAGAACUGUAAGUCUCUUAUAGGAAAUGGCACGGUAAUUCAUUUGGAGGAUUUAUUCCAUGAAAUAGAGAAGAAUGAAAGUAAAGGUCUUCGUAGGAUUAGCAAAAAUUUACUAAUAUCUGAUAGAGCCCAUAUCGUUUUCGAUUUGCAUAAAAUGGCCGAUGCAAACCAAGAAGAAGUUCGUGGCAACAAAAGCUUCGGAACUACAAAAAAAGGCAUUGGUCCAACUUACUCCUCCAAGGCUACGAGAAAUGGCAUACGCAUUGCGGAUUUAGUGCACGAAAAUUUCGAAUUGUUUAGCGAAAAGUAUCGAAACUUGGUUGCUUAUCAGACUGAACGAUAUAAAAAAUUAAACGUUAAUGUUGACGAGGAUUUGAAAAAAUACUUUAAGCUCAGAGAGAAAUUGCGAGAUAUGGAUAUGGUAGUCGACUCUGUUUUGUGGUUAAACUCAAAAAUUACUAAUGGGUCGAGAAUCUUAAUAGAAGGUGCCAAUGCAAUUAUGUUGGAUAUUGAUUUCGGAACUUAUCCAAACGUAACUUCUUCUAAUUGUUCCAUUGGGGGUGUUUGUACUGGCCUUGGCAUUCCCCCUCAAAGCAUAGGGGAAGUUUACGGUGUUAUUAAAGCUUAUACUACCCGUGUUGGAACUGGACCUUUUCCUACUGAGCAAAAUAACGAAAUUGGAAACCGACUACAAACUGAGGGCAAAGAAUUUGGAGUAACAACUGGAAGAAAACGACGUUGCGGCUGGUUGGAUACUGUUCAACUACGUUAUUCAACAAUGGUGAAUGGAUUCACCCACGUUGCCAUUACGAAGUUAGAUAUUUUGGAUGGCUUUGAUAAGCUAAGAGUGGGAAAGAGUUAUAAACGAAACGGUAAAACGUUGAAAUCUUUCCCCGCCUCUUGCGAUGAGCUAUCUGAAGUAGAAGUUGAAUACGUAGAUAUUGAAGGAUGGAAAGAAAAAACACAAGAUGUAAAAAAAUUUGAAGAUUUGCCUGUCAACGCACAAAAAUAUAUCUAUUUAAUCGAAGACUUAGUUGGCGUAAAGGUCCGCUGGAUCGGUGUGGGCCAGUCGAGAUCAUCAAUAAUAAUACGUGAUUGCCAAUAA